AUGAGUGGAAGCGCAGACACCAAGGACACUCCCAAGGGAUGCAGCUCUCAGACGGCCUCACCUGAGAUGCGGAACUUGAUUCUCGAAAAGCUCACUGUUCUCAGAGCGCAGAACGAUCAUUUGAUCCAGCAGAAUAUGAUCAUGAUUCACCAAAACCAGGUCAUGAUCAACAACAACAUGACUGUCGUCGAGACUCUCAAGGGCCUGACCAGUUCCGCUACAAGCAUCCCUAGCAAACCCGACACGCCUGUCAAUGACACUGAGGGCAAGGGCAAGGAGCUGUCCUCCGAGGCUGACAACAAUCACUGA